CUCUUUUAGCUCUAAAAAUAGGAUCCUUUUCGACCAAUCAAACCCAGCCACGUCAUCUCUAACGAGUUCUUCGAUCUUUCUGGCGGCUCACAUUUCGCACUUGAAAUUUCUUUCAUCAAUUUUUAGCUACUCUUUUUCACUCUCUACUCACUCGCCCUCCUUCAUUAAUCCAGACUUCACCACACUUCAAUGUGAAAUCUGGUUGCCUAUCAUGGCUUUUUCUUCCAUUUUCCUCUUGAAUGCCACUCCAUGAAUCUUGGUAAAGUUAGUUUAUUAAUUGUUUAUGAUUGAUCCCUAAUCAAAUUCUUAGAAAUCUACAGAAUUUAUUCAUGAAUUUAGUGUUUGGUGAGUGGAUAUAUGAUCAUACAGCUAUGGUGUCUCCAAAGGGGUCUCAGUUUCCACCGCUGGCUACACAGGGUUCUGUUUAUAAUCUCUCAUUUGAUGAGGUUCAGAGCCAGCUGGGAAACAUAGGCAAGCCUUUCAACUCCAUGAAUUUGAAUGAGUUAGUAAGAAAUGUGGUUUCUGUUGAUGAAGGUAAUCAUCAUCCCCAUCAUCAUCUGCUCUCGCAAAACCCUCCUUCUUCUUCUUCUUCAUCAUCAUCUCCGCCCGCCUCAUACUUGCUUGGAAAUUUUAAAUUCAAUGGAAAAUUGAGCAAGAAAAUCAUUGACGAAGUGAAUGAUAACAGUAAUAACCAAGGGGUGAUGCAUCUCGAAGAAACAACACUAGAAGAUUUCCUAUUUCGCGCUGGUGUUAUUAAUAAUCACCAUCAGCAGCCACCAAUGGCGAUUGAUCCGAUGGUUGUGAUGUCGCCACAGCAGGCUGAUUGGAUGCAAUUUCAAUUGCAUCAGCAGCAGCAGCAGCAACAACAACAACAACAACAGAUGAGUGUAAUGGACGCAAAUUUUAAUGUCUCUGAAUCGGGGUACGAGAAUCCUUCAGUUGUGGAUAUGGGAUACUCAGAGAAUCAUCAUCAAAUGGCCAUGAGUAUGACAAUGCCAGUGGCUGCAAUACCUGCAACGCCGUCGGAUUCAAAGACGGCGGGUGAGAAGAAGCGAGAAGAAAUGAUGGAGAAGAGUAUUGAGAGGAGACAGAAGAGAAUGAUCAAGAACCGUGAGUCUGCGGCAAGGUCCAGGGCACGGAAACAGGCUUAUACCAAUCAAUUGGAGCUUGAAGUGUUUCGGUUGAGAAAGACAAAUAGCUGGCUUAAAAGGCAAAAGGAUGUGGAAAUGUUGCUGUCGUCCCCUCCAACCCCCAAGCCCAAGUAUCAAUUGCGACGGACCAGCUCAAUUUAAUUCCUGAAUCUGUUUAUAUUUGCACUUAGAUAUUUUCUCGUUAGAAGUUAUUUUGUUUAUUCAUUCAGUAGAUGAAAAAAAUUGUCAUAAAUUUGAGCUUCCAUUUUGUUUUGGACAGAAUUCAUUUGUAGAUGAGUGAAAAGUUUUGGUAUGAAUUUGAGCUUCUUGACUUUGAAAGGUCAAAAGACUUAU